UAUAAAUACAGAGACUGUGUGCAGAGUGACAUCAACAAGCUGAACGUCGUUUCAUCUCCAUCUACCAGAAGUGAAUACAAUACUUGAGCAAAAUGAAGGGAUCUGCAGACUGGCUUCCUUCCUUGUGGAAAGAGACCUUUGAGGAGCUGCUGGACGACGACAAUGAGCUGGACCAUGGAGACCAGUGGACUCUGAACUUCAGCUAUACCCAGGGAGACACACUCACCACAGAGGAGAGGAAGAGGGGCUGGAAGACUUUCUGCCACUCUGCCUUUGGAAAUUUGAAGUGUCCAUCAUGCAGUAAAGUUUGGAGUUCAGCAAAGGUCACGGUGUUGUUCCGUUACCGGCUGCGCGGUGAACGGGGGGUAGCGAUCAUGAGGCCCUUUGGACAGGCCUGUCGCAGUUGCCAUGAUGAUACUUAUGCCCGUCCUGGUUUUUCCGAGGACGAGGUGGAAAGAGCAUUGCUCAAGCUGUGUGCCAAAAUCCGGAAGAAUUGCUACGGAGAAAUGGAUGACAACGAUGUCGGAGGGGAGCCACCACACUCUAAAAAUUAUUCCAAACCACAUGAGUCGGACCUGUGUGAGGCCUGCAGUCAGGGCAUAUGCCGUAUAAAAGAAGAAUAGAAGUGUGUGUGUGUGUGUGUGUGUGUGUGUGUGUGUGUGUGUGUGUGUGUGUGUGUGUGUGUGUGUGUGUGUGUGUGUGUGUGUGUGUGUGAGAGAGAAUGAAAGUGAUGCAGGAAGAAACUGAUUCGUUAUACCAUUGUAACCAUUGUUCAAGUAAAUACAUAAAGUUGAAUUUUU